AUGGCGGACAUUUACUCUGGACCUCUUGAUCGGUACCCGAUAUCUGGUAAGCAGAAAAAUGAAUCACAGCAACGGCGUUAAUAAAUACGAGACCGAUUUUUUUAGUGUCUUCCAUUUAUUUCGAAUAAAUAUCGAUCAUGAUUUCCUUUCAUUAUUAUUCUAGAGUUCCAACACCACUUUAAUAAAAAUAAAUGUGAAUUAUCCUUUUAUCCAGGUUUUGAUAAAUCUUCUUUCCACGGUGAAAGGCGAGACAGAAGAUCUGAUUUUGAGAGCUCUGAGGAUGAAAGGAAAACAAGGAUGUCAUCUCUGAAGAAGAAAGCCAUCAAUGCCUCUGCAAGAUUCGGGCAUUCUCUGACAAGAAGGGCUAGGAGACACAGUCAGGUCAUUUCUGUCUCUAUUGAGGAUGUUUGCAAUGCUGAUGAGCUCAAGGCUGUAGAUGCAUUCCGCCAGACACUUAUCUUGGAAGAGUUACUGCCAUCAAAACACGAUGACUAUCACAUGAUGCUGAGGUUACUUAUUUUCUUAAUCUUCUUUGAGAAGCUUGUGUUAUCUCGUGUGUGUGUGUGUGUAUUUGCUUAUAUAUAUACAAUGAGAUGAAUUAAAUUAUUUGUUCCUUAUGAAUAUGUAUAAAUGAAUAUUAAAAACUAGUAAUUAUCAAUCAAUGUUGCAUAAAAAAUGGGCAAGUUUUACACCCAAGUUUUUACUCCUAUUCGACGGUUACACUUCCAUUUUUUAUUAUGAUGCAGAUUUUUAAAAGCGAGGAAAUUUGAUAUUGAGAAGACCAAGCAGAUGUGGGCUGAUAUGCUUCAGUGGAGGAAGGAGUUUGGUACUGACACAAUAUUGGAGGUACAAUCCUCAAAUACACCUUAGUUUUCUUCUAGCCAAUGACGAUAUAUUGCAUUUCAUUUAAAUAUUUUAAUUGAUAGUGGAAUGCUAGGGACUAAAGAACGGCCUUUGUCUAUUUUUAACGAUUCCAUUGUCCUUUUGAUAUCAUUUCUGAUCAGCACGUUCACGUGUUCCAUCUCCUCCCAUCCAUUUUGGAUGCAAUCAGAAUGUGUAUUUUCAGGGUUACUAAUUUUUUGUUUUUAUUGGCACCUUGUUUCCUCUCUUACAUAUAUGAAUCUAUGUUAUAUCCUAGACUGAAAUUUUAUAAUUUUUAAAUUAUGUUACAAUGAAAUCAAUAUCCUCUUACAUUUUUAUGUAACAGGUGGAUUAAUUCUCUUUUUAAUCUUUUGUCACUUGCUUCCUCUUGUUUUUUAGCAUAUCACGGUAAUUCAUCCUGGAUAUAAAAAUUCGGAAUAUAAUUCUUCAACACUGGUACAUCCAAGUGGUUUUCAACUUACUAUGAUUCUUGCAAUGAAUAAGACAUGUCAAAAGGUCGCAAGGUUUAGAUACCAACUCUCCUGAAUCCGAACAAAGUUGGUCCAUGUUUCUCGUAAAUUUAGUAUCUGAGUCACUUUUUCACCUUUUUUUCUGUACAAAACAUUUAAUUUUAUACUUCAGUAUCUGUGAAGACCUAUCCUUGGCACCAUAUUUUACCUCAAAUUAAUUCUUAUUUCCAGCCAUAUUAAUAGCAAACAACCAGGACGAGGAGAUUAAAACCACCCAGAUGAAUGCCAAAUAUGUGUAGGAACCUCAGAUUUGUUAAUGUCGUAUCGUGUCUAAUUGACUUUUUUGCCUGUACUUCUGAAAGGAUUUCGAGUUUGAAGAAAUCAAUGAAGUUCUUGAAUACUACCCACAUGGGCAUCAUGGUGUUGACAAGGAAGGACGUCCUGUUUAUAUUGAAAGGCUUGGAAAAGUUGAUCCUACCAGGCUAAUGCAAGUAACAACCAUGGAUCGUUAUGUUAAGUAUCAUGUGAAGGAGUUUGAGAGGAACUUUGUGGUCAAGUUCCCAGCUUGUUCAAUUGCAGCAAAAAGGCAUAUUGACCAGAGCACAACCAUUCUUGAUGUCCAAGGGGUGGUACGUGAUCUUAACCUGUUUCACUAGAUCAACCGUUCAAAACCUCUUAUCUUCACAUCUUGGACAAGGGCAAUACUUUUUGCAUCACUUGCACCAUAUCUCCCGGUUGUGCAUAGGGAUUGGUUCCAUGGAAUUAAAAAUGGGAUCUCAGUCCGUUACUUUCCAUAUGAUUUUAUUUAUUUUAUAAAUUUUCAACAAUUUGUUUCGUUCCGUAGGGACUCAAAAAUUUCAACAAGGCUGCGAGAGACUUGAUUGCACGUCUCCAGAACGUUGAUGGCAAUAAUUAUCCAGAGGUAUAUCUAUGUUGAAGUUAUAAGCUUAAAACUUAUAGUGUAUGGCAAUCCUGCUACAUAAAAGCUUUAUUUGCACGACAGACAUUGUAUCGCAUGUUCAUCAUAAACGCCGGUCCCGGAUUCAGAAUGUUAUGGAGCACCGUAAAAUCCUUCCUUGAUCCAAAAACCACAGAGAAGAUCCAUGUAAGUUUUGCCUCUGUGUGUGUGUUUGUGUGUCUAUUGAGUACAGAGUUUGAUCAGAAAUCAACUCAAUAAGCUGACACUUCGUCCACCAGGUCCUCGGGAAUAAAUUCCAGAGCAAAUUGCUUGAAGUGAUUGACGCCAGGUAAGCAUUUAUUUCGAGAAAAUAGUAGAAAUUUCAAUGAUUAAUCUUAAAUUUGCUGGUUAUAUGAAGAGUCCAAUGAAUUAUGUCAAGAUCUGCGAUUAGGUCUCUGAAAGACGAUAUAUUUAGCAUAAGAUCACGAUUAGAUAUGCUUUUAUUUUCUGUAAUGGGUAUCUGACGUCACAUCCUUUCUCAAAAGUGAAUUGCCGGAGUUUCUUGGAGGGACCUGUACAUGUGCAGAGGCAGGAGGAUGUCUUAGGUCUGACAAAGGCCCAUGGAAGGAUCCCGAGAUACUUAAGGUUCUUUUUUUUAUUUUCCAGCUUCCCUUUCCUAUGUGCAGCACGAGCUUCUUCUGCUUGUUCACGUUGCUUCCAAAAAUGCCCAGAUGGUUCAGAAUGGUGAGGCAAAAUGUUGUCGGAGGAAAGUCAUGUCCUUUUCUGACAUGGAUGAGAAGACAAUUUGUGAAGACGAAAUAAUGUACUCUCAGGUGUCAUUCUUCUCAUAUUUUCAAUCAUUCUCGGUUUUUUUUUUUUUUUUUUUUUUUUUUUGCUCUGAAGUCGGUUAAUGCCGAGGGUUAACUUAUUAAAUCAUCUUUUAAUUUUUGGCCGAAGUGCCGUGACUCUUUCCAUGGGAAAACAACGUCGGAUGCUGAUGACAAAGUUCCCGGGGAAUUCAUGAAGCACCCUCAGAUGUCUCCUGUUCAUGAAGAGGUAUACAUCCCUCCUUCCCUAAGUCUUUCAUAUAAUGUGCCUUUUUGGAUUAUGGCCCGAAGUCUGGACGUGGGAAAUUCGAUGUCAGUCAAUUAAUUAGUCUUCACUGAUGGGCUCAAUAAUUUCGUAGAUUCAACCCAUGCGUCGAUAUUUUUUAUGAAUUAAUAGCAUCAUUCACUGUUCCUUCCCGGUGAAAAUUCUGGGCAUUUAAUGCGGUUUUUUAUAAAAAAUCUGUGGAUGGAUGAUAAAUUGCUGGUGGUAUUAUUUUUUUAUGAUUCCUUUCCAUCUUUUAUUUAAUAAAUUAUUACUAUGGAAAAAUUCUUCUGAUUCAGUGAAAUGGGUCACUAAUUUGAUUUUUCUUGUUCCGAUGAUCUUAUUAUCAGUCAGAACCAUUGAUUUCUCUCACGAACUCAUUCUGAUGACUUGCAGGCGCAAAUCUGCCGGGGAUCCCUCCCAACUUCUUAUGAUUAUGAUGAUUACAUCCCAAUGAUCGACAAGGUUGUGGAUGCCAGCUGGAAGAAAGAGCUGACCCAUGAAAAGUUUGCCACCUCCAAGAGUACGAUCUCUCGCCAUAUCUCAAUACCAGUCAAUAAAAAAUCACUCCUUUUUGUGAAAUUCUUUCACUUCCAUCGAAGAGGGUUUCCGGUCGUUCUUCCAAUCUAUGUGGAAUUACUGUUGAAAUAAUUCUUCAAGAGUUUGACUCUUGGCGGUCAACUGCAGGCGAUGCCUUUGCAAUGCUAGAUGCUUUCAAGGCGCCAGACGCGAUCAGCAACCACAUCCUCGCCGGAGUCAUGGCCUUUGUCAUGGGCGUCUUGACCGUUCUUCGGGUGACUCGCGGCAUCCCGCGGAAGAUCACUCACGCAGCCGUUGACUACGCUAACAUCUACUGCGCCGACAGCACGGUCAAAAGGCAAGCGAACCACCGCCAGCAGCCUGCAACUGCUGUUCUUCCUCCCGCCGAGUACACCGCCGUUCUCAAGCGCCUUGGAGAACUGGAAGAAAAGGUGAGCGCUUUCAGCGAGAAGCCCACCGAGAUGACCCUCGAGAAAGAGGAGAUGCUAAAUGCCGCCGUUUGCCGCAUCGGUACACUGGAAACAGAGCUGGAGGCAACGAAGAAGGUACUACCGACCACCCCCAGACUCCACAUAGAGCAGCAUUACACCUCUGGGCUCCGAUUCAUGGUCAAUCCUGAUUAGGUUAUUAUCUGAUCGGCAUGCAUAAAAUGCACCCCAUUUGUGGUAAUAGGAACUAUAUAUAGCUCGUCGGUGAGAAGAUAGCAUCUUGAGUGGUCACGAUCGCUCCUGGUUGACGAAGGGAAGAUUUCUUUGCAGGCUCUGCAGGAUGCUCUUGUGCGGCAGGAGGAGCUUCUGGCUGCUGUUGAUAAGAAGAAAAAGAAGAAGAGCAAGCUGGUACGCUAAGUGGAGGACGUGGGCAACUGCCACGUCUCCACUAAUUCCCCCCUGACUGCCUGUUUCUGCCGAAAGUUCCAUUUUCAUGAUCACGUUCAUAUAUUUGGUGAUUUUCAAAGAGAAGACCUUGUCAGUUGACCCCUGUCCAGUUUGACUCUUCGUAUUUAGACUUUGAUACGGUUUGACCCAGAGGUUGCAUCUUCUCUCUCUCUCUCUCUCUCUCUCUCUCUCUCUCUCUCAACAAUGCUUGGUCCAGAUCAUCCCGCUGACACUCAAAUAUUUACGACAGUACAUUUUAUCAGUUCACUGUGACCUUGAUGCUUCAUUUAAUUACUGGGCGAUGUUGGUCAUUUUAUAUGCUUAUUUCUCAUCUCAAAUUUUGUAUUUUGCAGAACCCAUUCCGCUGGUGA